ACAUCUUGAAUAGCAUGGACCAGCUACACAGUGCGUGCUAAAAAGACAUGCAGUUUAUCGUGAAUCCUUUGAUAAUUUCCUACACGAAAGUGUAUAAAAUUUAGUGACUGUUAAUCUAACGGAUUUUGUCCACAAUGGAUGCAGUUAAAGCAUUUAAUGCAGAGCUUUCUGCAUUAUAUGAUGUUAAACCACCAAUUUCCAAAGCAAAAAUGAAUUCUCUUACACGCGGAGCUAUUAAGGCAAUAAAAUUUUAUAAACAUGUUGUACAAAGCGUGGAAAAAUUUAUUCAAAAAUGUAAAGCAGAAUACAAAGUGCCAGGAUUAUAUGUAAUAGAUUCAAUAGUAAGACAGUCGAGACAUCAAUUCGGAAUGGAAAAGGAUGUGUUUGCUCCUCGUUUUGCUAAAAAUAUGCAAACAACUUUUCUUAAUCUUUUAAAAUGUCCGCCGGAAGAUAAAAGCAAAGUUAUACGUGUAUUAAAUCUUUGGCAAAAAAAUGCAGUUUUCCCACCAGAAGUUAUACAACCACUUUUCGAUUUAGCAGAUCCCAAUCACCCUAUUCAUAAAGAACAGCCGGUUAAUGCAAAUGGUACAUUGAAUGUAUCAUCUGGCAAUAAUCUCAGCAAUAUCUCUGCAGUAACAAAGACACCUCCAUCUGCGGUUAAAGUUGUUGCAAAAGAUCAAAAAUUAUUUUCUUCCACUAAACCAAUCGAUCCAGUAUGGCUGGCACAAACAAAAAUUGAAACAGCCAAUAUAGGGCAAUCUAAUUCGAAUCAAGUUGAUCCAUCCUUUCUUGAUCAGCUACAACAUUUGCAACAACUGUUGUUGAAAAAACAAGAUACUAAUGAAUCUAAGACUUCAGUUAAAUUUGAUAAAAAGCUUUUAGAUUUUGAUUAUGGAGAAGAAGAAGAUGACGAUGUUGUCGUUGCAAGUUCACCGACAACUGCUACUGCUACAGCAUCUCAGCAUAAUGCUGUAUCUACAAGUAAUAGUUUGGAAAGCCUUGGAUUGCUACUGACAAACCCUGAGGUACUUAAUUCUUUCAUAGCUGGUCAAAAAGUACUACGGCAAUUGCAAACAUUGCAACAAACGAUGCAAGGAAGUAUACCAUCAUCGUCGCAACAUGAAAUGGAAGAAAAAAUGCGCAAAUUACAACAGAUGAAACAGCAAGAGGAAGAAUUUGAUAAACACUUGGCUCAAACUGUUCCUAAUUUACCUUUUGCAUCAGAAUGUGAGCUGAAACCUACAGAUAUUCUGAAACCAAGUCAACAAAGUACAUAUUCAACAAAUACAACUACUGGAGUUAUUCAAGAUAUGAGUCAACCACCACCUGGUUAUCCUCCAGCUUUGCCAUAUGUUUCACAACCUUUGUCGAAUAUGAGGCAAAUUAACCAAACUGGUCAUCAGAAUCAAAAAAGUCCUUUACUUGAUGAACGCCAGGAAUCACAAGAUUUUUCUGGAAAUGGUGCAAGACGUGAUAGUAGUAGCGUUGAAAUUGUAAAUUGUGAUAAUACUAGAUCGCAAAGUAGAUCACCGGAAAGAUAUAGGCAUCAUAGUCGGUCUAGAUCUCCACGACAUAGAGAUAGAGACAGAGAUAGGGAUAGAGAUAGAAAAUCUCGUUCCAGAAGUAGAUCAAGAAGAAGAAGAUCGCGGUCCAGAGAUAGAGGCCGUGAUAGAAAAAGGGAUGACAGUCGAGAAAAAAUGACAGAAGAAGAAAGGGAAAAGGAAAGGGAACGUCGUAAACGUGGAUUACCUCCUAUAGUUAGAGAUAAAUUAAGUGUUUGCAGUACAACGCUUUGGGUCGGUCAUUUAUCAAAAUUAGUGCAUCAGGAAGAAUUAUCUGAUACGUUCGGAGAAUUUGGUGACAUCGUUAGCAUCGAUCUCAUAUCACCUAGAGGCUGUGCUUUUAUUUGUAUGAACAGAAGACAAGAUGCGUAUCGUGCUCUGACUAAACUAAAGAAUCAUAAAAUGCAAGGAAAGGCUAUAACAUUAGCAUGGGCUCCAGGUAAAGGUGUUAAAGGAAAGGAAUGGAAAGAUUACUGGGAAGUAGAACUUGGUGUCAGUUAUAUUCCAUGGAAUAAGUUACUUAACAUUACGGAUCAAGAUCUGGAACUGUUGGAAGAAGGUGGUAUGAUAGAUGAAGAUACAUUACCCCCAAGUUUAAAAGGAAAAUUGAAACAUUCUGGUGGCAGUAUAGAUAUUAUGCAAUUACAAAUGCAGCAACAGGCAUUAGCAGCUGCAUCGCAGCAACAACCGCAGUUAGUUGAUACUAGCCAACCGCCACCAAUACGACCACCCACGUCAGCCGCACUUUUGCCUCCACCAAACACACAAUUACAAAUGAUGCCAUCAGCUUUUACAAUGACAGGUGUUCCACGUAUGAUUGGACCUAUGGGUCUCCCUAUGGCACACAGUUUAAUGCCUAAUGUUCCAAUUGGAGUACCUCCACCCAAUAUGCAAAGUCUUUUGGGACCUCCAGGAAUGAUGCAGACUAUGUUGACUCCAUCUGUCAAUUCUCCAUUUAGUGCAAGCGUUGGUGUAGGCCUUUUAACACAAAUUCCAUUACCUGCACCAGCCGCACCAUCGGACAAGCCAAAUUCAACUGGGAUGCCACACAAUGUUCCACCUAUAGGAGUACCUCCGCCUACCUCAGAAACUAACAUGCCAAAUCUACCAAUGCUUCGUCAGUCUUAUGGAGUAGGACCAGCACCACCUAUGCAAAUGCAACUACCUCAACAUCACUCCGAUGAUAUGGAUGUUGAAAUGGAAGAUGCCAUGCCAUUAAACGUGAGCAAUAAUACUUCCAAAGAGAAACCAAAUUUGAGUGAUCAACUUAUAGCAGCUAUGAAUAUGGGUGCAAGCACCAGCGACAAUAGGAUAGAGAAUGAACAACAAAAUAUUGAUUAUAAGGAAAGGGAGAGAGAUCGCGAAAGUAGAGACAGAAGAGAUCGUGAACGUGAUAGGAAUGAUCGUAGUGACGUCAAUGAUUCCAGAAUGGAUCGCGGAAGAGAUAGAGGUAGAGGAAGAGACCGAGGUCGUGAUCGUUGUAGAGACACUAGAGAUGGCAGAGACAGGGAUAGGGAUGAUAGAAGAGAUAGAGACAAUAGAGAUAUUAGAGAAAGUCGUGAUAAUUCAAUGAGGCAUUCUGAAUGUUCUAAUAUGUCUAAUCAAAAUCUUCAAGAUAACGAAGCAAUGUCUAAAAAAGAUGGUAAACCUAGUCUUGCUGAACGUUUGAGACAAUUAGCUGAUGGUACAUUACCAAUAGAUGAUCGUAUAGAUAGAAAUAUUCGAAGUAGCAGAACUGAACGAAGUACCGAGAGAAGUGAAAGAAAUUUUGAAGAAAAUUCUGGUACUCGAAGACCUAACGAUAUGCCAUUACCAUUAAUGGAUAUUCCGAAAUUUGUUGGAAAUGUCCAAGAACGUGUUGAUUUUCCACCACGUGGACCCGAUUUUAGAGGUGGAGAUCCACGUGAUUAUCAACAAAGAAAUUUACCCGAUAGAGAGCGACCAAAUUUUCCGCGAGGAUCGAAUGGCCCGAGAGGUUCUCAAAUAGAUGAUUUUAUGGAUCCAAGAAUGCAAGCUGGAAGAUUUCAAGAUGAAUUUGAGAAUAGAUUAGGACAUAAUGGUCCUCGAUCGGAUGAAUUCGCUCCUAGAUUAGGACCUUCCAGAGAAGAUUUUGAUCGGUCGGAUAUACGGAAUCGACGACCGGUUGAAGAUUAUGAACGUGAUCGUUUCGAAUAUGAUAUGAGACGCGAUGGAUUUGAUCCACGUUUACAAGAUGGUUUUGAUCCAAGAAGUCAUGGUGAACGGCCUGAUUUUGACCCACGAAGAAGAGAUUUCUUUGGAGGUCCAAUGGAACCUGUUUUUGGAAUACCACCAAUGAUGGGGUUGCGAGGUCCUAGAGGUCCUGUAGGACCUGAAGGAUUUGGUCCGCGUGGUUCUGGUAUGGGAUCAAGAGGACCUUUAAUAUUCCAUCCUCGAGGUAUGGGACCACGAAUGAGAAUUCGACCGCCGUUUGGGCCACGUGGACCUCCACCAUUCGAUCCUAGAGAAGCAGAUCCAUUUUUCCGGCCGCCAUUUGAUGAUGUACGUGGCCCACCAGGUCCACAUAUGAGACCGUUCGGUCCCAUGGGUCCGCCAGCUAUGCACGGUCCUGAUGGACCUUGGAGGAAUCAAGAAGGUGGAGGAGCACUGCCAGGUCCAUGGACACCUCAAUCUACUAGUACUCCUGAAACUGAUAAUCAUAACCAGAGAGAAAAUCAUCUUACACGAGACAAACAAAAGGGAUCCAAACAUUCAGAUUAUAAGAACAAUAUUUCUGAUAGAGAAAAUCGUAAUAGAAAUAGAAAGUCAAGAUGGGGUAAUGUAAGUCCACCUAUAACGGAAAAUACAGAUGAAGUGACAUCCACUGAAGGAAUCGAGGACAAGAUAGAUAUAAAACAAGAUAGGAAUUUUGAAAAUGUUGAAUCUACAUCAGAGGCGACUACUAAUGAAUACAGUCAAUCAAUAAAAAUGGAACUUGAUAGUUCUGCAGAUAGAGAGCAGAUUGAAGAGAAAAAUGAUGUACAUCAUAUAAAAAAUGAGCAAAGCGAAGAAACCAAUAAGGAAGUUAAUGAAAAUCAAUACAAUGAAGAAGAACAAAUUAGUUCCUACCAAUCUAAUGUAGAUGCAUCUUCUGCCAAUGAUGUUGAAGAAAAUAAGUGUAACGAAGACAAACAAUGUGAAUAUCAAACAGUCAGUAAAACGGAGGACUCAUCGCAACAAUGUGCAGAGCAAGUUGAAAAAUCUGAGUGUGUGAGUGAAAAUAAUAGUGACCAAGCAAUUUUAGAGCAGGCGGAUGCUUUGUAAAAGGCUCGAUGUUCGAGGACUAACCAAAGUUAAGCAAAGAGAAUCUUUUAAUAGAUUCAUGUAAAAUAUGAUUCCAAACACACAUUGUACAUAGAAUCAUGUUAUUAAGCAAGAAGUGAAAUGAAUUUGGUUUUGUGGAUCUUGGAGUACUAAACUCUGGAGUGGUGAGGGAAAGCUGUGGGUCCAGUGAGUUCUUUUAGAAGUCUUUUUUUAAAGUAUUCACUUUUUAAAUGUAUAUGAAUUUUUAAAUUUAUUUCGAUAUUUAAAAAAAGAAAG